AUGCAACAGCGACGAGAUGAAAUUCUGGCGAAGAAAGCCAAGCUCGCAGAGUUAAAGAGGCAGAGAGAACUCCGUGCAAGAGAAGUUUCGGCAAGCAGGCAGAGUAUAGGAAGUGGAAGUGAUCUUGCAUCCCCUACACCAGGACGAGCCGAUAAUCGAAGGGAACUUGACAGUCUAAUUUCCAGUCUAGUUGGAGAUAGUAGACCUGCAUCAACUGGUCCCGGCGGAGCAGGAUCACCGGCGAGAGGCAGUCGACCAAACAGUGUAUUAAGUGCCGGUGAACUAAGUAAUGCGCCGUCCGAAUCGAGCCCAUCGAAUGCCCAAGUCUCGCAGACUCAACACUUAUCCAUAUCGACCCCACAGUCCCUCUCUACGGUUCCAUUGUCUACAGUCUAUGAAUUCCCACCAUCUCCUGUUAAGGAGGUAUUUUCAUAUAGUAAAGGGGUACAAACAACAGAGGAAUGGGGAACACAAACCUCGAAGCCCCGAGCGUUUGAGGAUUCCGACGAUGAGCUUGACAGGCCAACUGGGGUACAGUCACCAAGCAAACGACUAAGCAGAAGGGAGAAGAAUCGAGAGGAAGAACUAAGAGAGAACAUUCGCCGAGAAAUCGAGGAAGAGCUUAAGGCAACCCGAGACCUUGUGGAUGGCCCUAUAAGACCAGAUUCCCAGCAUUUAUCAACAGCAAAUUUUCCCGCGAGAAUCUUGACAAAUGAGGAGCUCAAUGCUGUGACGUCGUCUGAAGAAUUUAUGGACUUUGUUGAAAGAUCAAGUAAGGUUAUUGAGAGAGCAUUAGAUCAGGAAUACGAUGUACUUGCAGAUUAUGGGUUGAGUGGCGCAAAUGGAGUUGGAGAUGACGAUGAAUAUGGUAAUACAGGUGGAAAGGGUAGGAGGAAGAUAAAGGAGGUUGCCCAAUUUUAUGAUGAACGAUGGUCAAAGAAGAGGAUGAUUAGCGCCAUCAAUUUCUCACCUAAAUUUCCAGAGCUCGUUCUUGCAGCUUAUACAAAGAAUCCUUCGGCACCACAUGAUCCAGACGGACUGGUUCAAGUCUGGAAUAUGCAUCUUCACGAUAGGCCGGAAUUUGUCUUUCAUGCACAAUCGGAUAUCCUUGCCGCAAAAUUCUCUCCUUUCCAUCCCAAUUUGAUCGUUGGAGGUGCUUACAGUGGUCAAGUUUUACUUUGGGACACAAGAGCAAAAUCGGCACCAGUUCAAAAGACGCCUUUAACUGGAUCAGGGCAUACCCAUCCAGUCUACUCUGUCGAUAUUGUAGGAACGCAAAACGCAAAUAAUAUUAUAUCAUGCUCAACGGACGGUGUUAUGUGCGGAUGGACAGUAGAUAUGCUUGCGCAACCACAAGAGCUACUUACAUUAACAACGCCACCUCCGGCAAAAACUGAAGAUAUGAGUCCAACUUGCAUGGCUUUCCCACAAACAGACCCGACAUACUUCCUCGUUGGUUCGGAAGAAGGAACCGUGUAUUCUUGUCAUCGAUAUGAUCGAGCAGGCGCAAAGGCAGGUGUUGACCAAAGAGUCAGUUACCGUGGUCAUGCAGCUCCAGUCAUGUCUUUAAGUUUUCAUCCAGCAAAGGGUCCUGUUGAUCUCGGCGACCUUCUUCUAACCAGUUCCUUGGAUUGGAGUGUCAAAUUGUGGAAAGUCCGAGCCCCAACCGCAACAGCAACUACUGCCAUCACAGGAGAAGGUCAGAUAGUGGCUCCAUUAUUUGACUUUACGCGAGAAGAUCUUGUCUACGAUGCAGCCUGGUCACCUAUCAAACCUGGUGUAUUCUCACUUGUAGAUGGAGCAGGGAACCUAGAAGUCUGGGACAUAACCGUCGACACCGAAGUUCCCGUGUCUAAAGUCCAACCUAGCGGUCGAAAAGGUGGUCGAAGCAUCAUGUCCAAGAGUUUGAAUCGUGUAGCAUGGGAACAAACCGAGGGAAAACGUAUCGCAACUGGUGGUAUUGAUGGCAUGCUCUCGGUAUUUGAAGUAGGUCCAGAUCUUGGGGGUAAAGAUAGUGCCCGGAGCGAGGAAUGGGCGAAUGUCAAGAAAUUGGUGGCGAGAAUGGAGUCGUCGGCUCAAAAUACUAAUGAUACUAAUGGUAUCAAUGGGUUGUAA